AUGGUGGAACUGAGCUGCAGCUUCCCUUCCCCAUUAAAUAGGACAUGUUGGGAAACAGCACAUAACAGCUACCAUUUUAGCCAUUUAGCAGGCACAAAGAGUGCAGUGCAAAACACUUCUCGAAUGCUUUUCGUGAUGUGGAGGGACACAGAUUUGUCGCCGGGUCCAUGCUUGAGGCUUACAGAGGCGUGUCCGGAGAGCGCCAGACCUGAGGAGCGGCAAAAGCUCAAGCGCCGGGCCAUGAGCCGUCGGAUCUGCAUUGGUCAACUGGUCUGGGAUUGUGCGCAACAACCACCCCGAGCUGCCAAGGUCACGGCCAUCGCGCCGGAGAGGCCCGACCCUUUCCUCAUCCGUCACUUGGAUGCCCCAAAGCGGCCGUCUGACUUCAAGGUGCACGACGAGGUGCUGGUGGACGGGCGCCAUGGCGUGUGCAUUUGGGAUGGCCGGCCUGAUCAUCACUUCGGGCGUGUGCGAUGGGAGGAUGGCACUGAGAGUGACGUGAUCCACGUGGAGCGCAUCAGGCCGGCAGAGGAUGCAUACAUUGAGGAUACCUGGGCCUAUGAUGACCAGUUGGAGGCCUUAGAUAUCAAGCACCUUUUGCAGCCCUCUGUCACGGAGGCCCGUUCCUCAGCCGAUGUGCCAGGCCCUCGGCUGGAUGUACCAGAUGUACCAGUUGAGGUGCUCAUCAGGAGGUCCUCUCGGAGCAACAAGUUGGCGCCUCAGCAGGUUGCCUGGAGUUUGUUGCCUGGCCGCCCUCCUUGGCCUGUGAAGCUGAUCUCCUCCAUUGAAGGCUUUGAUGGGGGGUCUUCCAGUCGACAAUGGAAUGUGAAGCUCCUGGGCACCGACCAGGAGGAGACGGUCUUGGCUUCAAGACUAUCUCCAUUUCUUUCAGGAGAUGCUUUGGCUUUGGGGAAGAUUGCGCAAGAGGCGGAAGCGGAACACCAGCAGGUGCAGAACACCGAUGGUACUGCAGCCGCUGUGGCGGCAGCGGCGGCGCCCCUCCUGGCGCCCCUCUCGGGGGAGAAGGUGUUGGCAGUUGAGCUUCCAGAUGACGAGGAUGAUGCCCUCAUUGUCUACGAGGGUGGCGCAGGCGACGAGGCGCAGUGCACCGCACCCCCAGGCCCAGUGCUAGUGAAGGACCUUGUCGAGGAGAUUGGUCAUGAUGUCAGUGAAGAGGUCAUUCAACGUUCCUUGUCGGCCUUGGAGGCCGAAGGAGUAGUUCAGACGCGCCAACUCCUCCAACUUUACCCUCAGGAUUUUGACGCGGUGGCUAUGCCACUACUGCUCAAGAGCAGGCUGCGGAGGGUCCGUGAGCGCGGCGGGAAGAUCCCGGAGGACCUCAUCGGCCACAAGAAACAGCAGGAGGAGCCGGAGCCGGAACCCAGCGAGGCGCACGAGGGCGGUGGCCUGAGAGGGGCCUGGUGUUGGACACAUGACCCACAUCGACAUGAGAUCCAGUGGAUGUGGAGCCAAGCAGUACAGUAA